AUGGUCUCGCCGACUCUGUGUUAUCUGACUGUUCGUACUGGUCUCACGCGCGCUGAAGCGCUCGAGGGCUCGCGCAAGAAUCGUCGACUCGCUGCGAUUGGUCAUACUUCCGGUUUGCUGCGGCUGGAGAGAGCAGGUCGCGAGGCAUUCGCCGCGCAGGAAGAGCGCCACGCCCAGGAACCGGUCGCCGACAGCAUCACACCCAACGUGGUAGGUAUUCCCUGCUGCAUGUCCUCUUUCUGGUAGACUAACCAUCAUCCAGCACCCACGUGGCUUGGACGUUCUCCCUCGCGAGCAUUCCAACUGGGGCCCGUUCAUUCGUAUUGGAACCGUCCAAUUCGAGAAGGCUGCUGUUCAGGCCGACUACGACGACGACGGCUACUUCGGCGAGGUCUUGGAGCUUCUAUUCAUCCAUACGACACAGGGUGAUUGCCUGGCCUUCGUUCUGGACGUCGACUACUUUCAGGAGAACAUUCAGGGGAGCCACGCAGCCUCCUCCGAUCCCGCCGCUAGCACAUUCAGCACCAUCCGACAUGAGUGCCUCCAUUCCUUCGACACCCGUAUCCUCUCCAACCCUGAGUUCCUCAAACUGGUCUCGCCAGACGCUGCCUUUGCUAGCCUCGCCCGUGGAGAUAUCGACCAGUUCGUCUCGGUCGCUCGGGCAGAAUGGGAAUGCACCUACGAGCCAUUGAGUCUGGGCCUGGGCACUCGCUAUCUGCACGACAGCUUCGGAGCAAUCACCAACAACUACGGCAGCUUGAUCUGGUGGCCGUUUCGCUACGUUCAGAAGGAUCUCACUCGCAAGAGAGUCGAUCCAUUCGUGGAGGCUCUCCAUGAGGCCGGCGUCGUGUCUAGUACUGGUGUUCUCGCCCCAGAUGCGACCGCAUCUGGAACGUACACGGAGUCUGGUCUUCGUGGCGAGGACGACGGAGAGGACGAGCAGCAUCCUUACAUCUGA